AUGGGCCUCACGUACCUCUCUUUCGGUGCAGCCCUGGUCGCCUUCGUGGCCCAGCCAUGGCUCGCUGCCGCCGUCGAUCUUGAGCUCAAUGUCACGGCCUUGACUGGUGGCGAGCUCGAGUCGGACUGGACCAAUGUUUACUACUCCAAGUCGAACCCUCUGCUGCUGGGGAACGACGGCGGGGCUGCGACCGGCGGGUUUCAUGUCUUUGACUUGAACAGCGACUCACCUCUCUCCGAGGUCAAGUCGCUGACCACGGGUCGGACGAAGCUCGUCACGACUGUCUACAAUGUGACGGAGAAGGACUUGGCUAUCACCAUCGCGAUGCCCGACUCUGUUAUCCGAGUGUUUGAGGUUCCGUCCUUUACCGAGAUCGAGUCUGCCCAGGCCACCGCCCUCGGCGAUUGGUCUGCUCUGUGCUCGUGGCGCAGCAAAAGCCUCAACGACUACGUCUUUCUCUUUGGUAAAGGCCAAGCCAUUGAGUAUCUUGUACGCAAAGGCAAGACUGAUGUUGAAUUGGUCGAGGUCCAAAGAUUCUCGACGCCGACUGAGUUCUCUGGUUGCGCCGUCUCCAGCUCUCAAUCCAAGAUGCUUCUGUCCGCCGACGAUGACAAGGAUGUAUAUGUAUUCGAUCUUGCGGAGUCGACCGCCGCUCCUCAGAUCACCAAGAUCGGCGAAGCGGAAGAAGACGUGACCGGAAUUGCUGUCUACACAUCCAGCUCCAACUCGACUGGCCAAGACUACCUCUUCGUGGCGCAGGAGAACGCCAUCGCGGUUUACGAGUACCCGUUCGAGCUUCUUGGCACGAUCAAGUUGACUGGUCUGGAAGACAUCGAGGUUCAGGGUCUGAGCCUGUACCAGGGAUCGACCACCAAGUACCCCGAAGGCGCCCUUACUUUCGCGAUCGAGGCCGACGACGUCGCGGGAUUCGGUCUCAUUUCAUUAGAAGGCACUCUUGACCAGCUCAAGAUCUCUGUCAACAAGGAAUACGACCCCCGUGUCCCAGUCGGCUGCCGCUCGCGCUCGAAGAUUUGCGACGCUUGCUCCGGCAACGGAUACUGCCAGGAGAAUGCUCUCGGCUGCGCGUGCUUUGCAGGUCUCACCGGUGACAAGUGCGAUCAAUUCCAGUGUACAGACAACUGCUCUGGACGCGGCGAGUGUAUUGGCCCUAACCAGUGCAAGUGUGAAGCUGGAUGGGGAGGACUUCACUGCUCGUUCCUUCUUGUUCAACCCACCUACGAAACCGAUCAGAACGGCGCUGACGGAGACGAUCCCGCCAUCUGGAUUUCUCCCGAAUCAGCCGACAAGUCUCGCAUUAUCACCACGACUAAGUCAACGGUGGGCGCUGGUUUGGGCGUCUUUGAUCUGACCGGCAAGCUUCUCCAAACCAUCUACGCUGGCGAGCCGAACAACGUCGACAUGAUUUACGGAUUCCAAGCCGGCAACCGCACGGUCGACCUCGCUUUUGCUGCCUGCCGUGCAGAUGAUACUCUUUGCCUGUUUGAGACGACUUCAAACGGCACCUUGAAGAACAUCGAAGGUGGCGUCCAUCCUGUCGUAGACGACUACAGCGUGUACGGAUCAUGCGUCUACCGCUCACCGAAGACCGGCAAGCAGUACCUCUUCGUCAAUGAGAAAUCUGCACGUUACCUCCAGUACGAACUCACCGCGACCUCGAACGGCACUCUCCAAACCACCCUUGUUCGCGACUUCCAGGGUGGAUCGGGAGGCCAGGUUGAAGGAUGCGUGACCGAUGAGGAGAAUGGCUGGAUCUUCUUGGGUGAAGAACCGUCGGCUCUUUGGCGCUACGGCGCCGAGCCCGAUUCCACGGAGGAGGGCUUGCGGAUUGCCUACGUUGGCGAUGGCAAAACCUAUGCCGACGUCGAGGGUGUCACUCUUGUCUACGGCGCUACCCCUGAACAGGGUUACGUGCUCGUUUCUAACCAGGGCGUGAGCUCUUACAACGUCUACCGCCGCGCCGCUCCUCAUGAAUACGUCACGACCUUCACUGUCACCAAGUCUGAGGACGGGCAGGUUGAUGCGGUGUCCAACACUGAUGGCAUCACCGCGGUUGGGAACAGCCUGGGCAAGGACUUCCCACAUGGUCUUGUUGUGGUUCAUGAUGACGCGAACCAGUUGCCUGAUGGCAGUACGAGCACGGAAGCGAGCUUCAAGCUGGUUAGCUUGGAGAAGAUUCUGGGUGCGGAUGCGCUCAAGUCGCUGAACCUGCUCGACAACGUGGACGCCAACUGGGAUCCCAGGAAGAUGCUCAGGCAGUAA